AUGACUUCUUUCGUCCCCAAUCCCAACUUUGACAAGGAAAACUCCAACCCAAAGGACUGGGCCUACCACCUCGGCUGUCUCCCUCAAGAACACCACAUCGUCUUCACCAAACAAGACUUUGUUGUCUUUCUCAAGCAGCACAAUGUUCACGUUGGUCCGAACUUCACCGAGCUCUCCAAGCUGCCAAAGUACGCCACCAUCGGCAAAUUGACCGUCUCGGACGGGGCUGGUCCUUCUUCCGCCGCCUCCGCACCGCCUGUUGCUCAGCAGCAACCUUCUCGGACACAACAGUCCCUCGAAAACACACCAGCACAGACUGAAGAGGACGCCAACGUUGUCUACACAAGCUCAGGCGAGGUCUUCCGACCCAGCCGCAAGGUCCGCCAGCUUCCCGGUGGUGGCUCCGCACAAGUGACAGCACUCUUUGGUAGCGGCGCUGAGGAAGAGGAGCAAGCCCCUACACCCGCCCGCCGUGCACUCACACCCGCACCUGCUGCCGCCCCAGCAGCACCAGCAGACGAUGGUUUCGAACCCCUUGGUGCUGCUCCAGCUAGGCGUGUUGCCAGUGGCAAUAUUGCCAACGAGUCGCAUUUACACGACCAUGUUAGCGGAGAGAAGCCUGGUGUGUACGGGGGCGUGCGAAAUGACGCUGUGAUGAACAACGGCUUCCGACCUACCCGUCGUGUUCGUGUCCCUGGCGGUACCGGUGGUGUCUCGAGCAUCUCUUUCACCUAG